AUGUUGAAAUAUAUAUGUAGAGGCAAGGCAAGUUUCGAGUGUAUUGGAGGCUGGAGGCUGGCUGACGUUGAUGCUGCUGCCGUAAUUGGGAGUUUCAGUCCGGUUACUCCGUGCUCUGGUGCUCUCUUUGCCCAAGAGAAGAGACCUACACUGGACAGAAUGUUCGCUUCGACGUCACAAAGAAAUGAUGAUGGUUUGCGGGCGUCUUACAAUAUCUCGUUACUUAUAGCAAAAUCCGGAAAACCGCAUACUAUCGGAGAGAAGUUAAUUUUGCCAGCCGUUGAAGAGGUUUUAAAAACUGUUCUACACAAACCUGCAUCUGAUAUCAUUAAAAGAAUUCCCUUAAGCAACAAUACUGUUGAAAGACGUAUUGAUGAAAUGAGUUCUGAUAUUGAAAGCUUCUUAUGUAAUUAUUUGCAAACGACCCAUUUCUCUAUACAACUGGACGAGUCAACUUUACCUGAUAAUGCAGCAUUAUUAUUGGCAUAUGUUCGUUUUAUUAUGAAUCAAGAAAUCUACGAAGAACUGCUCUUCGCAAGAACUUUGAUAACCGACACUAAAGAAUUUCUGGAUACUAAAGAUAAAAUUUUAAAAGACAAUUUAAUGAAGAGGAAAACAGACAUGGCCUAUUUAACAGAUUUGUUUACAAAAUUUAAUAUGGUUAAUUUGCAAUUACAAGGCGACAGUUUAAAUUUGAUUAAAACAAAGUCCAUCUUAUCAGCGUUUCUUGCCAUAGUUAAACUAAUGAAGCAAAAUAUUGGACGGGGCGAAUUUUCUCAGUUCCCCAAUUUGUCACAGACAAGCUGCCAGGAAGACGACGUUUCAACUUACGUUCAACAUUUAAAUGCCCUCUAUUCAGAUUUUGAAUCUAGGUUUGAGGAUAUUUUGACUAUGGUAAUACCACCGUGGACAAUUAAUCCAUAUGGUGACAUAGAAGAAACGAAUGUCAUAAUACAAGAGGAACUGACUGAACUAAGUACAAACGAAGAACUUAAGGAUCAGUUUAAAAACGGAUAUCAGCAAUUCUGGCUGCAAAACAACAUACCCGUUACUUAUCCCAUUGAUGGCAUAUAUCAUACUAGAGGUUAG